GUCGUUGCCGAUGCAUGCAGUCGUGUAGACACCCGGAAACCGUAACCGUUCUAGAGCAAGGGGCUGACAGCCAAAAUAUUGUUCUUUGAUUUUUUUUUUUUAGAUGCGUACUAAAUCGAGUAAAAACUACCACGUAUUUUCAGCUUCUAACUUAUUUGUAUUUUUUGUCUAUGAAAUAUGCUGCGAAUUAUUUCUUGUCGAUAUUGUUUACCAUUGUUAAUUGUCCGUUGAAGACUAUUAUCAUUUUUAUUGGUGUUAGCACGUCGUGAUCUGUCAUUGCAAAAACCGUUUUGCGAUAUUUCGUGCGCACUUUUAGCACAAUUACGCAUACCUAUUUAUUUUUUGUGAUAUAAAUCAUUUUUAACAAAUUAGUUCAUCUGAUUUUGAUUUGUGCCAUUGUACUUCUUAUUACACGAUUUUUUUGCUAUCCCAGUGUAUUAAGCUAAGUUAAGCAUUGACUAAAAAAUAAACUAAAUAUGUCUGACGAAAAAGUAAUAGGACACCGGUUACAAAGCUUCAAACAUAGAGGCAAAACUGAGUUGGAAAGACGAAGGAUGAGAAGUGAAGUAACUGUUAGUCUAAGAAAAGAUAAACAAGAACAAGAGCUCAUGAAAAGGAGAAAUGUUUCAGAUGCAGUUGAUCCAAUUAAUGUUACAGACGAGUUGGAUUUGGAAAAGCCAUUAACAGAACAUGAUUUACGCUUAUUAGUUGAAGGUGCAGGAAGCAAAAUCCCUGAUGUCCAACUAAAAGCUAUUCAAUCUGCAAGAAAAUUACUUUCUUCUGAUAGAAAUCCACCAAUAGAUGAGCUUAUUAAUAGUGAAAUACUUCCAAUUUUGGUUCGGUGUUUAGAAGAACAUGAUAAUCCAUCAUUACAAUUUGAAGCUGCAUGGGCUUUAACAAAUAUUGCCAGUGGUACUUCUCCUCAAACACAAGCUGUUGUUUCAGCUGGAGCUGUUCCAUUAUUUCUUAAUUUACUUAAUUCACCAAAUCAAACAGUUUGUGAACAAGCUGUUUGGGCAUUAGGAAAUAUUAUUGGUGAUGGACCUCAACUACGUGACUACGUCAUAAGUUUAAAUGUUGUACCUAGGCUACUUCACUUUAUCAAUCCUACCAUACCUAUAUCAUUUAUGCGUAAUGUAACUUGGGUUAUUGUUAACUUAUGCCGAAAUAAAGACCCUCCUCCUGCUCAACAUGUGAUAGAUGAACUUCUUCCUGCUCUUAACUAUUUAAUUAACAACAAAGAUAUCAAUAUUUUAGUUGAUACUGUGUGGGCUAUUAGCUAUUUAACUGAUGGCGGAAAUGAUCAAAUUCAAAAAGUAAUUGACAGUGGAAUUGUUCCCAACUUAAUACCUUUACUUUCACAUAAAGAAGUUAAGGUGCAAACUGCUGCAUUAAGAGCAAUAGGAAAUAUUGUGACUGGAACUGAUGAACAAACACAAGUAGUUCUUGAUGCUGGUGCAUUAAGCCAUUUUCCGGAUUUGCUAUCACAUUCAAAAGAAAAAAUAUGCAAGGAAGCGGUUUGGUUCCUAUCCAAUGUUACCGCUGGUAAUCAAGCUCAAGUUCAAGCUGUGAUAGAUGCUGGACUUAUACCAAAAAUAAUUAUGCAUCUUUCGAAAAGUGAAUUUCAAACACAAAAAGAAGCUGCUUGGGCUAUAACAAAUUUGACCAUCAGUGGUAACUGUCAACAAGUAGAUACAGUAAUACAAGCAGGAGUUGUUGCUCCAUUAUGUGCUUUGCUUUCAUGCCAGGACAGUCAAGUCAUUCAAGUUGUAUUGGAUGGUUUACAAAAUAUGUUGAAAAUUGCUGGACCUGAAGUUGAUGUGUUGGCUAAUCUUAUUGAAGAAUGUGAAGGACUUGAUAAAAUUGAACAGCUCCAAAACCAUGAAAGUGUGGAAAUCUAUAAAGUUGCAUUUGAUAUUAUUGAAAGAUAUUUUUCAGAAGAAACUCUUACACCUACACAGCCACCAUCAUGCUUUGAAUUUAAUCCUGCUCCUAAUACAAAUACUCAAUUUAAGUUUUAAUUGAAAUAAUUUUUUUCUUUUGUUUAUCAUGUUGGCAAGACUAAUUAGUCUUUUUAUUUAACAUUGUAACUUUGACUAUAAAAAAAUGCAAACAAA